UUGUCCAGCCCCCCGCCGCGACCCACGGUGGGGGGGGCCCCACAUGACCGAGGGGGUAGGAGGAGCCUGCGGCGGUGGUGGCGGCGGCGGCGGCGGCGGCGGCUCCACCACCAUUUCCCUCCCUGGCCGGGGGUCGGCGGGCGGUGGCGGCGGCGGCGGCGGCGGCAGCGGCGGCGGCCGGGCAGGGGCCCCUGUUCCCCGCCAGGCUGCAGGCGCCGGGCCUGGGCCAGCAGGGCAGCUGCGACCCGAGCGCUCUCCGGGCGGCGAGCUGGGGGUGCGCCCGGACCCCCGCCCCCGGGAUCAUGGGGAAUGGCAUGACCAAGGUACUUCCUGGACUCUACCUCGGAAACUUCAUUGAUGCCAAAGACCCGGACCAGCUGGGCCGGAACAAGAUCACACACAUCAUCUCUAUCCACGAGUCACCCCAGCCUCUGCUGCAGGACAUAACCUACCUUCGCAUCCCUGUGGCGGACACCCCCGAGGUACUCAUCAAAAAGCACUUCAAAGAAUGUAUCAACUUCAUCCACUGUUGCCGCCUCAAUGGGGGGAACUGCCUUGUGCACUGCUUUGCAGGCAUCUCCCGCAGCACCACCAUCGUGACGGCUUAUGUGAUGACUGUGACGGGGCUAGGCUGGCGGGACGUGCUUGAAGUCAUCAAGGCCACCCGGCCUAUCGCCAACCCCAACCCAGGCUUUAGGCAGCAGCUUGAAGAGUUCGGCUGGGGCAGUGCCCGGAAGCUCCGCCGGCAGCUGGAGGAGCGCUUCGGAGAGAGCCCUUUCCGCGACGAGGAGGAGGUGCGCGCGCUGCUGCCGCUCUGCAAGCGCUGCCGGCCGGGCCCCGCGCCCCCCGCGCCCCCCGCGCCCCCCGCGCCGCGCUCGGCGGCCUCCGAGGGAGCCCUGCAGCGCCUGGUGCCGCGGCCGCCCCGCGAGGCCCACCGGCCGCUGCCCCUGCUGGCGCGCGUCAAGCAGACUUUCUCUUGCCUCCCGCGGUGUCUGUCCCGCAAAGGCGGCAAGUGAGGAUCCCGGCCCGCCCUGGCGCCCC